UUCAGAACGCAAAAUAAAAGUGGCUUCAAGAUGUGAAAGGUGGACCUUACGAGAUUCUAAUUAGCUUUUGCUUAGUGAAUGAGUUAUUUAACUUUAAUUUACGGGCUUCGUUUGCCUAGGGCUUCCUGGAUAAGUGGUGUUCAAAGAAGCACUGUUAAAAGUUAGCGUUUCAUUGAAAAUACAGUAAUAUUAUACAUCCAAAAAUGGAUCCGGGUAUCCUUUGUUUCCACCAUUGUGAUCAUAAGGUAUUUUGUACUAUUAUUCCCGAACAAUGCCCUGUGUGUAAACAGAAACUUGAUAGGUACGACUACAAUCUGUUGCCGUUUAGGGUGCCGUAUCCUUUCGUGAAGGCGUCUCAGCACCCUCGGGCCAUAGUCAUGAAACCUACACAUGGAGAUUUCCUCAAUGACUAUUAUAACUCGAAAGACUUACACAUAGGUGUGACCAACUCUCAUGGUUGUGUGGUGGAGUUCAGUGAGCAGGGCAUCCGUGGAGUGGACCCCACCACUGGGAAGUGGAGCACUUGUGACACCACUGCCAUUUGGGACCAGUGUUUGCUCUUAGAGCAGUUUGAUGAGCUGUGGAAUGAGAUCUGGGACAGUGUGCUGCUGAAGGUGGGAUUGAGUCCGCUGUGGGAGGCAGGGAGAUAUAAUGAAGAGCGACACAACUGUUUCACAUUUGUUCUCGCUUUUCUGCGUGCCUUGGACUGCGGGGAGCUUUCUGAAAAAGCCCAGGAUCCGAAGCUGUUUUGCAAGCAAUAUGUGGUUCCUCGUACGUCCGCGGCAGGGAAGUAUAUAUCUCUCUACCGGCAGCUCAAGAGGCAAAACUACUUCAUCCAGAACCAAUGAUAGCCUACAUUAAUGUUCAUCUUAAUAUUAUUGUAUCGUAUCUAUUUAUUCAGUAUUAACUGUGAUGUUUAGUGCUAGAUAUAAGACUCUUUAAAUUCAAGUGCAUUUAAUUUAGACCAAAAGAUAAUUUAGUUACUUCUACUCUUAUUUCUUUAUCUAUUUAAUAGAUAUAUUUUGAAGUAUGUGUCUUCUAUCAAUAUUAUUUAAUCUAUGAUUGUAUUCUAUAUUUAAUUCAUAGGUGUAUAUUAAAAGUGGUCCAUGUGGAAAUGACCUGUCUUGCCAAUCAUCUUAAGUCAUUCCAUUAAUGUAAGUAGUUUUCAUUUCUUUCUCAUACAUUUAUCACAUAUCCUUGCUAUAGUAGAUAUUGGUGAAUACUUGUGGCUGUAUUAAGGGAUUGAUGUAAUUGUCAAUUAGUGUACUCUAUACAUAUACAUACCAUUGCUCACUUAAUAAUAAAUGUGUCAUUUUCAUGUCAUUUCUCAUCUCCAUAAUUAGUAACCAUAAUCAUUGCUGUAGAUACUAUAUACUACUCCUUGGAAAUCUCAACUGUACAAGCAUGCAUGCUAUCCUAUGCCUUUCCUAUCUAAAGUUUCCAAUCUGUUGGUAUAUUAUAAAUAUUGUAGUAUAUAGUUUUCUUUGAUAUAAUUUACAACUACAUGGUUGUAAUUAAUUGAUGAGCCAAGUCACAUCUGUAUUUUAGCUGCUUAAUAGAUGUUGUGGGCAGUUUCAGUAAAGGUGUGCUUAGGAAUGUAGAAUUUGUAACCCCAUUACUGGCGCUGGAAGCUCAAAAAUCUCAAAAUGAAAACCGAAUCUUACUUAUUCUAUAUAUGGUUGUAAAGAUAAGUGUUGCCGUAACAAACUUUGUGUGGAUGCAAUCAAAGUAGAGGCUAACUUCGAUUUCAGUUAAACUUAUUCAAAGACUUGAGUCAUCUCAUAUAAACACUCGAAUAUCACUGCAUAUCUUGACAUCAAAACCAUCCAGCGAAAACUACGCACAGCUUUACGUGGCUUAUAGAAUAAGUCUUUGAAUGCCAUUAGUAACUGCCCUAUUCAUACUUAAUGAGACUUGAAUUUUGUAAAACGAUCUCGAAGACAAAUUUCUAGGUGCUAUGUUUAAAAUAAAGUGUUUGUUAAAAUUGAAAA